AUGGCCCGAAAACGAACAAGACCUAAUACGCCACCUCAUAUUCGACAGGAAAAUACUAUGAUGACAAAUUCUUUACAAUCAACAAAUGAGAUAUCAAAUAACCAAGUCAGAGAUUAUCAAUUUGAUGGAGCUUCUCAACCUGAACUUAAUAUCAUACCUGUUCAGACUCAAUCCAUUCAGAGACGUACUAGGACAACAUAUAAUCUUGCCCGGAGUAUAAUUGAUAAUUUUAAUCUAUUAAUUAUUAGUGAAAAAAAUGUGAUUAGUGGCCGACAUAUGCUUCAACAAAUAUCAAUUUGUUGUGAACACUGUCAAGCUAUACGUUGGCCAACGGAGUCCUCAACUAAUUGCUGCCGUAAUGGAAAAGUUGGUUUGGCACCAUUAGAUAAUGCACCUUAA